AUGGCAGGUCAAAGGGUUGGCGAAACGGGGCUGUCGGAGUCAGGGCCCUCUUAUCAAUCCCUUGCUUAUGGAAUCCAUGGCAUACCUUCUGCAGCCAAUUUCUUGUAAUCUUCUUCUUCCUCUUCUCCGUGUUCUAUUUUCUUUGUAUCUUAUUAUUUUCCUUCUCUCUUUGCUCUGUAUUUCUUCUGGGUUCUGCGAACCCGGGGAUUAAACGACUAUUUACUGAGAUUUCUCGCGUCACCUGCAUCCACCGUUUCUUCGAUUCAAGUCGUUUUUUUUCUUUAAUUUCUCGAAAAACUUUUUCCGUUCUUCAAUUUGAAAGUCGUUCUUUUAUUCAACCCCAUAGUUUCCUCCUUUCCUGUCUCUCCCUCUCUUUCUCUCUCCUUCCUCACUCCCCCGUCUUCCCCAUCAAAUGCCUUCUGCUCUUGUCUGCCCGUAUCUCUUUUACUUUCCAAUCGGGUCUUGUGAUAGGUAGCUAAUUCGUUUUCUUCUCAUAUGGUGAUCAGUGAUCAAGAAGGAUCUGCAUAUUUUGGAGAACUAGAAGAGGCUCUUAUGCAAGGAGUUCCUGGUCUAAAAACUGAUGGCGGCAGAAGACGUAGGCAUCUCUCUCUCUCUCUCUCUCUCUCUCUCUCUCUCUCUCUCUCUCUCUCUCUCUCUACACCCCUUUCUCUCUAUCGUGUUGCAUUUCACCAUGAGAACAGGCUAGAAAUCAUACGAGAGGGGGAGCUUGGACAGCGUGAUCGAUCCACACUUGGAAAUCUUUCCAUUUUUGGCAGGACGUGGUUUUACUUUCCCUCCCUCUCCUCCCAUCCCUCCGCUAACUCCCCUCUUGCGAUCUCCUCAAGGAAAGGGAAUAAGUUCUCUUUUGAAACCGACUGUUUGGUCUUUCUCUCGCUUUCGAUCGUGUACCAGCUUUCCCCAUGAUCUUCUGCGUCUGUUGCUUGUCGCAGCCUUUUUCUCAGGCAGCAGGCCUCCCCCCACGCUCGAGAUCUUCCCCUCAUGGCCAAUGAGUCUUCAACAGCCCCCCAAGGUAUGGCCUUUGACUUUUUGACCCAGCUUCUUCGCACAGGUGUCAGUAAAACAGUAACAGUUAGGGAGAGAGAGAAAGAGAGCGAGAGGGAGAAGAGAGGAAUUAAUGGGGAAGAGGGGGUUCAUUUCCAGCACUUUAAUUGUAAUUCAGUACAAGUUCGAUGAGGCCAACCAAUCCCCCUCUUGAUCCUGACAGAUCCUCCUUUUUCUUCCUCUGUGCUGAUUUUUUAAAAACUGGUAAUAGGGGAACUCGCAGUCAGCGGAGAGCACCGAUUCGGGGUCUGCUCAUCCCGAUUCGAGCUCUCCGGCGAGCAGGAGGUCUUCUUCCUCCGGCCAGCCCCCUCAGCAAGAGAUGGCCGGCGAUGUCUCCAGAAUGGCGGCGGCCUCCAGCGAUCACCAGCCGAGGCCACAAGAGAAGGUAGGCAAAGACGAGUUUUUUCUCUAAAUGGGGGUAGCAGUCGUUCCUGAAUCUUCCAUAGACGCAAAUCCCGAAAAGGAUAGAAGUUAUAGUCCCCGGCCAUCAUGACGACAGAUCCUCCCAGCUUUCUCUUCAGCUUCCUGGCAACUCUACGAGUCAAGCCCCCCUCUCCCCUCCCCAAAUCGAGAACUCACGGUGGUCGUCCUCCUCGAUCGGAGGAUUGAUCGGACACGAACCACUACAGCUACAGCAGAUAGUCAACACAAAUUCCGAGGACUUGGAUUUUCUUCUCUUUAUUUUCCCUGUCUUGUCCGGCACCUCUGCCCUCCCCCCUCUCGUGUCUAGCUAGAUAUGUCGAGUCUCACUGUUACACAGUUCCAACCACCUCCAAAUCCCGCUUAGGCAUUUGGAGAGAGAGAGAAUAUUUGUUCCGUUGGUGCCUUAGAAGGGCUCAUCCUUGACGACCCAGAAGCGAUGGAGGGAACCCGAGAAGCUGGGGGGGUUUGUAACUCUCUUCCUACGUCUUCCCGCCCUAGGCCGAAGAAAACCACGCCCUUUCUAAAUACAAGGGUUAGCGUCAACGUCAACGCGCUAAGCUUGCUCCUCAAUAUAUCCAUCUGUUUCUGCUCUGGUUUCUAGAUAUCAUCGCGUUUGACUUCGCGACGGAGAUCGGGAGGAAUCUCCGAGAGAGGGGGGAUAACGUGCCCUCGACUACACGAUUAUCCCCUGGAGAUUUGUCCAAAAUAAGUUGCCACUCGAGUUUUUAAUUCGGUUUUUAGUUACUUGUUCCUUAAGCACCAUCAACCUGGAAGAAAAAGAGAAGAGAGAGAGCUUUUGACUUCUUGCUUCCAUCCCCUCUUGUUUACUGACCCAGUUGGUAUUGUUAAUUUUUCAGAGAAAGCUUGCUGACAAAGACGGCAGACCGCUGGACCCGAAGGUCUCCCUCUCCUCUGUCUCUGUCCCCCCCUCUCUCUCCGUCCCUGUCUCUCUCUAUCUAUCUCUCUCUCUCGCUCUCGGUCUCCCUAGUUCGGGGGGGGGGUCGGAUGGCCUGGUGUGGGUGUGCGCACGAGAGAGCGUUUCUUUCUGCUCGUACGUGCGGAAGAAGCUCGCAAUCAAGAGAAGAAGGGCCACGCGUGCGUUGUUUCCAUGCGCACGUACUCUAGCUGCCCACGUGCGUUGUAAAACGUGGACUCUCGCGUUUACUCUGUGCAUGUCUUUGCAUGUCUCGCGUGCUUCACCCUCUGAAACGGAAACUUUCUUCUUUUUCUCAGACGCUGAGACGGCUGGCGCAGAACAGAGAAGCAGCCAGGAAGAGCCGCCUGAGGAAGAAGGUAGUCCGUCGUCCUCUCUAGCACGACUUAAAUCUCUGUCUCUCUCUCGCUCCGUCGCUCUCUCCCUCUCCCUCUCUUUCGCGGUCUCGUUUAGAAGUUCAACCCCGUUUGGUGGACAGGCCUACGUCCAGCAGUUAGAGUCAAGCAGAAUAAAGCUUUCACAGAUAGAACAAGACCUCCAGAGGGCCCGCUCACAGGUUCGAACCCUUUCUAGCUAAAACGAGAACCCAAACAGAAGAGGGAUACGUGCAAUAAUAACUUGUGAUUGGUGCGUAGGGCCUGUUCCUUGCCGGAGGCGGCGGCGCCGGCAGCAGCAUUAGCCCAGGUAACGAAGGGGGGCCCCAUCUCUCCUUUUCUUAGGCCAUGGCGGCGCCGAUGACGUGACCACUGCAGGUGCGGCGAUGUUCGAGAUGGAGUACGCCCGGUGGCUGGACGACGACCAGAAGCACAUGUCGAAGCUCCGAGCGGCUCUCCAUGGCCACCUCCCGGACGGCGAACUCCGUGCCGCCGUUGACGACUGCGUCGCCCACUAUGAUGACAUGUUCCAGCUGAAGGGAGCCGCCGCCAAGUCCGACGUCUUCCACCUCAUCACCGGCAUGUGGACCAGUCCGGCGGAGCGGUGCUUCCUCUGGAUGGGAGGCUUCCGGCCGUCGGAGAUGAUCAAGGUCAGCAUUGUGGAGAAAAAGAUUUGAUCUCUGUGGGUUUCAUUGUGUCUAACUGGCUGGUGGAUUGGCUUCGCACAGAUACUGACCCCACAGCUGGACCCGUUGACGGAUCAGCAGGUCAUGGGGAUUUACAGCCUCCAGCAGUCCUCCCAGCAGGCGGAGGAGGCCCUCUCGCAAGGCCUGGAGCAGCUCCAGCAGUCGCUGGCUGACACCGUGGCCAGCAACUCGCUGAGCGACGGCACCAAUGUCGGCAACUACAUGGACCAGAUGGCCAUUGCUCUCGGGAAGCUCUCCAACCUUGAAGGAUUCGUUCGCCAGGUAUUCCUCCUCUCUCUCUUCUCUCCUCCAGACGCUAACGGGCCGUUAUAAUCCGGGGGACACAUUCUCUCUCUCUCUCUCUCUCUCUCUCUCGAAAUGGGCCACUGCCUAACCAGCGCGGCCAGCUCUCUAAAUCGACGAUCUUAUCUCUGAUAACCCAUAUGCUCUACGUUCGGCCGGCGAUACACUGAGAUGGACGGUGCACCAUCCGCCGCCGGGUAAAAUGCAGAGGGGAACCAAUUGGCGUCGUAUAAUGCUAGACGACAUCCGAUAGAAGACUUUGACACCCCUGGCACACCGUGUGGGGAAGAAUCCAAGGUGGUCGAAGAGGACGUCUCCGUCGUAUAUUGCAGGCUUAUCUCCGAGGAGCUGUAUCCAUUGCUUUCCCUGAACAAGUGCUUUUGCCGAGUGGGUGCAGGCGGAUAACCUGAGGCAGCAGGCGCUGCACCAGAUGAGAAAGAUCUUGACGAUACGGCAGGCGGCGCGAUGCUUCCUGGCGAUGGGAGAGUACUACAGCCGGCUACGCGCUCUCAGCUCCCUCUGGACCUCCAGGCCGCGAGAGUAAGCUCCGAAUUCACCUCUUGAAAGGGUAUAACUCGUAAUUCGCAGGGACCCGACAGCUGACAAGAACCCACUGAAAUUGGGGAGAGAUGAUGAUGACCAUGACGAUGGCUUUCGUAUAAUCUGACAGAUUUGAGCUCUCUGAAUGACAAUCGGCCUGACCCUCUUCCGUAUUCCGGCCGAAUCCGGGCUCUUUUCACUCACCCUCUCGGCAGCCAUCUCUCUCUCUCUCUCUCUCUCUCUCUCUCUCUCUCUCUCUCUCUCUCUCUCUCUCUCUCUCUCCCUCUCUCUCUCUGUCUCUCUGUCUGAGAUGAAUGCAUAAAAAACUGGCCCGAGAUCUUCUCCAGGCGCUGUCAAUGACAGGGCCGGGGCCUCUGCGCACCCAAGCCGGGUCAAAGAAGAGGGCCUUCUGCGUAUUUUAUAUGAUCGCCGACGAUCGUAUUUUAUGUGAUCUUAGGUCGAAUGCCCUCUCGAUUAUAUUUUCGCCGCGCAAGAUCCAAUCCUUGACGAUGGAAUCCAUCUAUCUACCUCUCUCAACAGGAACGUGAUCGCCGACGAGACCUCUCUGGGCCCCGCAGCGAUGGCCCUCCGGCUGGCACAUCAGCCCCUACAGCAUCACUUCUAA